AUGAAAGAGAAUGUAAAGUAUUUGAAGGAGAAGAAAAAAUCAUUGUUAGGAGGAGAAGUACCCGGGAAGCGCUCAGAAGGAUCUUCGUCUCUUUUGCCAAAACUCAGUAUUCAUUCACGCGAUUCGAUCAUAGAGAUGAACCUUAUUAUCGAUGUUAACAUGAAAAGAUUAAUGUUACACGAGCUUAUGAGAGUUUUUGAAGAAGAAGGAGCUCAGGUUAUGACUGCUAGUCUCCAGAACUUGAAUGAUAGAACCGCGAGUACAAUCAUAGCCCAGGCUGUCAUAUGCCGGAUCGGCAUUGAUCCAUCAAGAAUAGAAAAGAGAGUGAGGGAUAUCAUCUUUUAG